GUGAAGAACCACGUUUAUUCGAUGUUUAUCACAAAGCGUGCAUCGGGAUGCUCACCCUCCACGAGAACACCACUACAGAUCUCCUCUGCUGUGGCUCCGCCCGUUUCGGGCAGAACCGAAAGAAUGUUGUGAUACUUGCAGUCCUCUUUGACGACGCGCGCUUCUGGGCAGGACUUGUCCCGAAAUUUGAACGAUCCAAUGCGGCGGAAUGUCCCUGGCCUGUUGUCAAGCGGCUCCAGUAUGAUACCUCUCAACUCGAGUUCGUCGUACCACAUGUCAUUAAAAUAAUCUUUGUCAUCAUCAUCAAAGUCGUGGACUCCUUCGCGCAGAUAUCUUCUCCCUAUAUGCCCGCGAAAAACCGGCAACAAGAAUGCACUCGAAAGUCGUGCCUCGAUUCUUCGAAAUGCCCCGAGAAGUCCCUGAAGAUUCAGCCUGUAGAAGAUGAAUGUGCAGAACCUGCAGCCUUCGAGGGUCGCUGCCUCGACCUCUUGCGUUUCCAGGACCCGCGCAACUCGAUGAGCCCGCAACAGAUCUCUGGGCAGGCUCGGCCAAUGUUCAAGAGGAUGCCUGCACUGACGGCAUAAACCUGGCUCGACACAUGCCGUUGCCCGGAGACUCUGGACAUGUGAAUUGACUAGAUUGUCAUCGAGGUGGUCGGACUUGACGGCCCGGACGACGGCCGAGUCUAUGCUAGUGGCAUCGUCGUCCUCUGCAAUAUAUGCCUGAUAUCACGCCUCGAGACUAGAGGGCUUCAUCUUGACAUGGCCCACUUGCUCGGACGAACCCGUAGCUGUGUGUCGGUCAGUGGCACGGAUCCCCUGCGCAAACCUUGAAGGGAUGACCAGAUGCAGUCAUCUUG